UCUUGACCUCCAUUAUUUUCAUUACACCAUUCUUGAUCUCUUCCGUAAUCCACCACCUAAUAUUAAUCAUCUAGGGUUCCUCUAACCAACCAAGAAAAAAAGGAAGAAGAAAGGUUUAUUCUAGGGUUUGUAUCGUCAACUUCUGAUCAAUAUUGUCAUAUACAAUGGAGAAACCUGGUGGCUUCUGGAUCCCCAAGAAAAGCAACAAAGAGUCAUCUUGGGAAGAGCUGGCCUUUGCAGAAGACGAUGCCGCCGGAUCUUUGUGGCCGCCAAGAUCUUAUACGUGUAGCUUCUGCCGGAGAGAAUUUAAAUCGGCUCAAGCCCUCGGUGGCCAUAUGAACGUUCACCGAAGAGACAGAGCACGGCUUAAGCAAGCCGACGACCAAUACUUAUUCCCCAAAUCUUCUUCGUCUCCAGAGUAUCCAUCUCAUAAAGAUAGCGAUAAUAUUCAUGAAACCUCUUGCUAUACUUUGGUUUUUAACACCAAACCUAAUUAUUUUAAGACUCAACACUCUUGUGUUAUUGAUCUUUCUUCGUCUUCUUCUUUACCAUAUUUGACUCCUUCUAGGGUUUCUUCUGGUUUGCCUGGAAAGCAACAUACUUCUUCUUCUCCUCCUUCUUUCGUUGUAGAACCUUCCAAGAACUCUAAAUAUAUUCCCUCUUCUUCCCCAUGGUCGUGCCCAAGUACUGUUGUGGAGCAAAAGAGUUGUGAUCUAUAUGAAAUUCCGGCUAUGGAAGGAGAAAAGAAGAGAAAGACUGAGAGUGAUGUGCCAAAAAUCGGGCAUAAAGCAAAACUUAGUCUUGGAAACACCACUGAUCUCUCGGUGAGUAUGAAUCUGGUCAUCCACCAAAGUUUUCCGAUUACUGCUCACGGUAGCGAUGAAGAGAUUGGUAGGGUGGAUAUCCGUAAAAGAAGACGAAGACAUGAGAGUCCGUCGCAGCAGUCGAUUUUCAUUUCAAGUUUAUCUUGUAAGAGUGACAUAAUUACAAGAAACGAGGAAAGCAAACACAAAGGUGAUCGCUUUGAGGAUUUAGAUCUUGAGCUUAGGCUAGGGACUGAUCCACCAAAAGGAAUUUGAUUGAUGGACCGAUGAAUCUCUACCAAAACAAAGGUAAAGGGAAGAUAUAUAUAAAUAGUAACAUUUCAUAUGGUGAGACAAAAUAACACAUUUCAUAUGGUAUGUAUGUGAAUGUGUAUGUGUGUACUUGGAUUUAUCGUUCCUUCGUUUUGUGUGUCUAAAAUGUACUGAUGAUUGAUUUUUGGGUUUUAUUUCUAUUGUUUUAUUUUGGGGGAUAAAUUGUAUGAAAAGUUCAGCUAAAAAAAAAUGGAAAAAUCUAAAGGAAGUAUUGAGUAGUAUAUGUAUGUACA